UGCCGGCGAGAUCUCAAACUCAGAGCGCUGGUAUUGAGGAUAUAUCGGUUUGACGUACAACUGACAUCGGAGGCGGCAAAGCGAUUGACGUCACAGCAACUAUAGCGAUAUGCCAAUGAAUGAAUAAUGCAUUCACAAACCAAUCAGAGUUCAGUCCCCUUAGUCACGUGACUAUCUCAUCCAAGAGGAGUUUUCUCAAUUGGAGUGACCUUCAAGGAUAAACGGAGAGGACAAUGUAUACUGAGUGAUACUGAAGCCCAUGUGACAGUGGUGCCGCACUGAGCGUGGAGAUAUUGUCGUUAUUCCCCACUGUGUUCUUCACUCCACAUACCACCUCAUUGACCAAUCAACACUGAGUGGACCAGUCCACUCACUGGAGACCCUCUAAACUGCUGAUUUUCAUCUUGUUUGCUGACACGCUAUGUGCUGAAGAGGUAUUGUGAGGUAGAGUGGUGAGGCAGAAUGGCGGCGCCGGCUGAUACUAUAGAUGGCCGCCCGGCCGAGUAUGGCCUAUCCCUAAAGGAACUCCGUGAGUUGAUGGAACAUCGCGGAGCAGAGGGAUACGAGCUCAUGCUUACAAAGUACAAUGGAGUUACAGAAAUGUGUAGAAAGCUCUAUACGUCUCCAAAUGAAGGAUUGUCGGGAAAUCCUAUAGACUUAGAACAUAGAAGAAAAAUAUUUGGAUCCAAUAUUAUACCUCCCAAGGCUCCUAAAUCGUUCCUGCGCCUGGUGUGGGAAGCUCUACAGGACGUCACCCUCAUUAUCUUGAUUGUAGCUGCAAUAAUUUCAUUAGGAUUAUCUUUUUAUAAGCCACCAAAAGAUCCAGCUUUGCUAGAGCAGGAAGAGGAGGAGCAUGGAACAGAUUCAAGUGUGGAGGAAGCUGCUGGUUGGAUUGAUGGUCUGGCCAUCUUGGUGGCAGUGGCUGUGGUAGUGUUAGUGACAGCUUUCAAUGACUGGAGCAAGGAGAAACAGUUCCGUGGACUUCAGAACAAGAUAGAGCAUGAACAUCGCUUUGCCACAAUCCGUGCGGGAGAGUUGGAACAGAUUUCUGUAGGAGAUUUAGUAGUGGGAGAUAUUUGUCAAGUAAAAUAUGGUGACCUUUUACCAGCUGACGGUGUUCUGAUUCAAAGUAAUGAUUUAAAAAUUGAUGAAAGCUCGCUGACGGGAGAAUCAGAUCAUGUCAAGAAGGGAGACAAUGCAGACCCUAUGUUACUCUCAGGUACUCAUGUCAUGGAGGGGAGUGGAAAGAUGCUGGUCACGGCAGUGGGCGUCAACUCUCAGACAGGCAUCAUCUUCGCUCUUCUCGGGGCAUCACAGGAGGAACAGGAGAAGGCGAAGAAGAAGAAAAAGAAGGGGGAUGAAGAAGAGGAACCAGACGUGAAGCUCGUAGCUGUUACAGGACCCCGAUCAAACAAUCUGGGACAGACGGAACCAUUGCUCUCUAAUGAGGCAGAUGCAAAAGUGGAUAUUCAGAUGAACACCACCAAUGCACCUACUGGAAACUCCCACAACACUGUCAACAAGCAUGUGCCCAACAAGGCUCCGUUGCCACCCGUGGAUGAGAAGGUUCCCGAGGAGGUCGUCAAAGAGGAGAAGAAGAAAGUUUCACGCAAAGAAAAGUCGGUGUUACAGAGCAAACUCACACGUCUAGCCAUUCAAAUAGGAUAUGCAGGUACAUUCAUCGCCGUGCUGACCGUUCUCAUCCUGAUCCUUAAGUUUUGUAUCCAAGAGUUUAUCAUCGAUGAAAGGGAAUGGACGUCUACACGGACCGGACGUUAUUUGGAACUGUUUGUCAACUACUUCAUUAUCGGUGUCACCGUGCUCGUAGUUGCUGUACCAGAGGGGCUUCCACUUGCUGUUACGCUUGCUCUUGCUUACUCUGUUAAGAAAAUGAUGCACGACAACAACUUGGUGCGUCACUUGGAUGCGUGCGAGACGAUGGGUAACGCUACAGCCAUCUGCUCAGACAAGACAGGAACGCUUACAACAAACAGAAUGACAGUCGUUCAGAGCUUCCUUGGUGGAAUGCACCAUAAGGAAACACCAAACCACAGUUCCCUUAAUGAAACUCUGGUGGAACUUGUAGUGCGUUCGGUUUCCAUCAACAGUGGCUACACGUCAAAGUUGCUGCCGGCAGACGAAGGUGGUUUACCCAAACAGGUUGGCAACAAGACGGAGUGUGCUCUGCUGGGGUUUGUCAAGGACUUGGGUCUGUCGUAUGAAGCAGUGAGGGAGGACGUCCCCGAGGAUGCCUUGGUCAAGGUGUAUACCUUCAACUCUGUCCGGAAGUCCAUGAGCACGGUCAUCAAACUGGAGAAUGGUUUCAGACUCUUCUCAAAAGGAGCUUCAGAAAUUGUGCUUAAAAAAUGCGAUUUCAUCCUGGAUUGCAAUGGUCAGCCGAAAGCGUUCACAGCCCGUGAGGCGGAGGAGAUGGUGCAUCGAGUCAUCGAACCCAUGGCGAGCAACGGCCUGCGGACUAUCUGCGUAGCCUAUAAGGACUUUGUCAGAGAUAAUGUUGGUGGGAACAUGGUGAAGAUCGAGGGUGAAGUUGACUGGGAUAAUGAGGAUGCUAUAGUGCAAGGACUCACCUGCAUCUGUGUCGUGGGUAUCGAGGAUCCAGUCCGAGACGAGGUCCCGGCAGCAAUCAAAAGCUGCCAGAAGGCAGGCAUUACCGUGAGGAUGGUCACCGGCGACAACAUCAACACUGCUCGAUCUAUCGCUUCCAAGUGUGGAAUUAUUCCCCCUGGAGAAGACUUCCUGGUGAUGGAGGGCAAGGAGUUCAAUCAGCGCAUCAAGGACCCAGCGACAGGAGAGGUGAGACCGGACCUGUUUGACCAGGUGUGGCCCAAGCUCCGUGUUCUGGCCCGAUCUUCACCCCAGGACAAGUACACUCUCGUCAAGGGCAUCAUCGACAGUAAACUCACCCCCAACAGAGAGGUUGUCGCGGUAACCGGAGAUGGAACAAAUGAUGGACCUGCUCUGAAGAAAGCUGAUGUCGGAUUUGCUAUGGGUAUAUCUGGAACUGAUGUAGCCAAGGAGGCUUCUGACAUCAUCCUGACUGACGACAACUUCACCAGCAUCGUCAAGGCCGUCAUGUGGGGUCGUAACGUCUAUGACAGCAUCGCCAAGUUCUUACAGUUUCAGCUGACUGUUAACGUGGUUGCAGUUCUUGUUGCCUUCUUUGGCGCCUGCACAAUCAAUAACAGUCCGCUCCGAGCUAUCCAGAUGUUGUGGGUAAAUCUUAUCAUGGACACCCUGGCUUCCCUCGCUCUCGCCACCGAACUUCCUAGCAAAGAACUCCUAGAUCGUAAACCAUACGGCAGAACAAAAGCUCUCAUCUCCAAAACCAUGUAUAAAAACAUUGUUGGUCACUCUGUAUAUCAGCUGACAGUCAUCUUUACUCUACUAUUUGGUGGGGCCGGGUUAUUUGACAUCGAUGACGGUCGUGAUAACCAACAAGUUCACGCCCCACCCACACAACAUUUCACCAUCAUCUUCAACACCUUUGUCAUGAUGACGCUCUUCAAUGAGAUGAAUGCUCGCAAAAUACAUGGGCAGAGAAAUGUAUUUGAAGGCUUACAAAGAAACCCUGUCUUUAUAGGAAUCUGGAUAGGAACUAUGGUAGCACAGGUUUUCAUUGUGCAGCUUGGAGGAAUAGCCUUCCACACCAAAGGGCUGUCAUUAGAGCAGUGGUUUUGGUGCCUCUUCUUUGGUUUCGGGGCACUUUUAUGGGGGCAAGUUAUAACAAGUAUUCCAUCUCAUAAAAUACCGAGGAUAUCCUGCCCUUGCAUUAAGCAUGAGGAAGAGCAUGAAACAGAGGAUGACAUUGACGGCGUAAACGCCAACGAGGACUCGGUAGGACGCCGCGGCCAGAUCCUAUGGGUGCGCGGCCUGACUCGCCUGCAGCAACAGAUACGUGUAGUUAAUGCUUUCCGCAUGAGCUUAGAUGCUCGUUACGACAGUCGUAGUUUGUCAUCAAUCCAUAGCUACCACUCACUGCAAAACUUUAGAAUGAUGUCCAAAAAACCACCCACCACCAUGUCCUCUUCUAUGCUGAGUAGCCACGACACUGAGGCAGCAUCAUCUCGUCCCUCGGAUUCCCACGCCACCGCGCCCAUUACUGAGCAGACUGCACUGUGAUUGGCUAGCUGUGUGUCCCGCUAUCCAAUCAAUGGCCUCACUUCCCGUCUGCUCAUCAAUUGUGCACCUCAGUCGUGUUGCCUCCUCCUCCUGUCCGCCCGCCCGCUGCUGUCUAGAUUGGAGGACCCUCACCCCUGUACAUAAUAAGAUCCUGUGUGUGUGGUCAUCGUCGUCAUCUCUGCUGCAUCAUCAUCGUCGUCUGCAUAGUGGUGGUCGUCGUCAGCGUAGUCAUCACUCUGGUGUCGUGUCACCUGUGACCUUUCACCCUGUCUCGGCUUUAGCGGCCUGCUAUCAGCAGCCAUCUUACCUUAUGUAAUUUGCCACCUUGUUAAAUAUGUGUUUUUCUCAUGUCCUUGUUUUUUAUAUUUUUUUCCUCAUGAUUAUUUUCAACUUGGCAUGUUUUUAUUGUUGUUUAUUGUCAAUAAAACCAGCCUGCUUGUGACUGUCUGUACCGGCCAGGCAGAAAGGCGAACGUGCCGCUGUCCACAACUCACCUGUAGAUGCCGAGAAAUAGAUGUAGUUGAACUCAAUCAUGUACAGGAGCUUUGCACUCUCGGUAACCUUGUACAUAGCACCAAUGUCCUAAUGAUGUGUAUGUGUCGCAGGCUCCCUAUAAGGGUUAGCUCCUGUUUGCUGGUUAUAAUGAUUCAUCAUACUAUGGGGUUCGAUAGGAUCCGACUCUCUAACCAUUCCCACUCACCUCCACAAUUCAUCCAAGCAUACCUCCACAUUCAAUCACGUGUGUAAAUAACGGAUGGACACACAUCUUUUCUGUUCACUCAUACAGUGGCUCUCAGAUCACGUUUCAGAUCUUCAUUAUCAACUCGGCAUAAUUUUAUCUCCUUUUUUUUCCAUUUACGUGAGUCACUAUUGCAAGUUUAUAUUUUGUAUUUUAUCUUGUAGUCUUAAAACCGAAUCUGGCCACUGUGGUUUUCACAUGCUGUGUGUCUUGAUUGACUUUUGCAUGUUGUUGGAUGAGAGUUAUCUCCCCCUAGAUGCCUGCAUAAUUUGAUUACUGAUGGUAUUUGAAUACAAGAUGUUGAACUCUGUGCUGUGUUUCUAUAUUACCUGUGAUACACAAUGCUACUGACCUUUGAUGCAUAUUGAGUGGAGUUUGAUGACUUAUAUCGUCUGCUGCAGUGUGUGUAUAUUACCUAACAGCCAUGCAAGCAUGCAGUGAGUUUUUAUGUUCAAAGUAUUCUAGCCUCCAGUUUGGAACAAGGGCGUACCAAAAUGAUUGAAUUACGUGCUCAGCGAGGAGAUAGAUCUUCCAAUGUUGUUUUGCUGAUAUAGAGUAGCGAAGCGAUAGACUGAAAAGAAAUUCUUGGUUGAUGACAAUCAGUGUCCCCGGGUAUUAUAUGUGUCGUAAAGGUGUCCUGAUGAAGUGGUUAAGAUGAAAGAAAACUGAACCAAAGAUAUGUACGAAAACCCAGAUCCCUUAACCACUAUCAUGUAGUUACUAAUUUAUACGUUGGAGUAAGUGGAUGACUCCAGUCUCAGGAUAUCUCAGCAUCCUUUUGUCAACUGACUUCAGUUUGUUUUUUAGAUGCAAGGUUUUUUUUUUGCUUGUUGGCAAAUCUGGCAGUAUUUCAGCAGGAUGUGAAGCAAAACCGUCUCUCUCCACAUGUUGAAAAUGGAAUCUCAUUGUUUCGUUCUCAUUACGUAAGCUUCACUUUUGACCAAAGUACAAGACGAUGGUGUAAUUGGUUUUGAUAUUCUUUAUAUGCUGCAGGCAAUUUUGAACAAAGGUUUAUUUUAAUUUCCGUGUGUUUCGAGGGAAUCUUAAUGUACAGUGUUUAGUAUGACUUUUUGUACAGAAUGUUUUUAACCAGAUAUUAUAUUUAAAAGGGAACAACAGUUGUUGAAGUAAUUUCUCAACAAUUAUGAUUGACAUGUAGUUUCGUUUCAUUCUAGACUGGAAUAUGACACUAAGACAGUUAAAUCUCAUUUUCUCAGUACUGUUCUCGAAAACGUUCCAGUCACACUGUGCUUCUUUCAGGGCGAAAAUCAUCAGCAUCCCAUUGAGAGCACGCUUUCAAAGUUCACAUUCCUUAAAGUCCAGUUUUAGGACACUUCUUACACGAAAUCAGUGAUGUGAAAGCAUGUUUUCAUGUUUUGAAAGAAAUGUCUGUUAAAAUAAAAAAUGCCCUGUUACUGCCAGAUCCCGUAAUGUCCUCCACGAGUGUUUGUCGAGAUCGGUAAUGGCGAGGAAUUAUCUGUUGGUACGUAAUCUCAGUGAGAGUUGUCGAGUCUCGGUGUAGGAGGUUCAUAUGGGUGGAACUUGCAGUGGCCAGAUUCGGUGGUAAAACAUGCCCCGUUAUAGACUGCAGUAUUCUGCCUCGUCAGCAAGGGGCGUUUGCCUGAGCAUCCGGAACAGGCACAUCAUUCAUGGAGAGAGUUUGCAAGUUUACAUGUUCACAGAUUAAUCUUGUCAUACGGAAUUCUGAUUUAUAGUUCACUCAAGUCUUGUAGGCCGAUAGUUCACACAAAACACUCUUCAGUUACCAGGUUAGAUCUUUGUAUUAGUGGAAAUAUGUAAAAUGUGAAAUGUCUGAUUUUAAUUUAGAGAAAGUUGGAUUUGUAAACUUAGUGUGUUGUAAUUUCGGAUUGAUAGAUCACCAGAAAUAUUUUCAGUUCACGUUAGGAAACGAUCUUUGUAAUAGUGACAAUGAAAAGUGUAAAAUUGUCCCAUUUUUGAACCAACUGUCCGAGUUUGUGACACAGUUAGGAUGAGGUUGGGAAUGUGAGGAUGAAGAUUAUGCUAACAAAUUGACUCAAUGCACACGAUGUAUAAAGUCGUUUCAAGACUGCCCAUUCCAUUGUACACAGUUUCCCCAUCAACUAUUGGUUGUUACCCUAUUGAUGUUGGGAUGUGGUUAAAAGAUGUUAUUCUAAUGAGAAAGUUGAAUUUUCACAACUAUAUUAUUAUGGCUUGUUAUCAUCAUAUUUUACGAUCCAUAGAUAAAAGUAUUUUUUUGUCAGUGUAGAUUUUCUUUGCAAGUCUUCAUUUGUACAUUGCUUCCAUGGUAUGUUAUUCCCUACACAGCAUGAUAGUGUUCAGUGUUUCUAGCACUGGCUUAGUUUCAGAUAAAUAUUACAGACUUUGAUAUUUCAAAGUGUGUUUUAAAAUGUACUGGGUAGUAAUACACUGACUGUUAAACAAAUGUAUAACGUUGUUAAUACUCUGCUGGCUCUCGGCAGACAUUAGGUUCAGAUUCGAGAAUGUCGUAAGCUGUUUUGACAAGACAUGUUAUUCACAACUGUAGGUUUUGUAAUACUUUUUCGUUUAAAGUAUAAAUGUUCAUGCAAUUAUUUAUGGUUUUUAAGAAAUAAACAAAUUUUAAUCUGA